UUCGCAUGUAUGGUUUGACUGUGUGUGAAAGAAUUUGUGUGGUGUGUUCUGGAGUUUGGGAAUGUGUUUUGUGUUAUUCUGUUUGAGCAGAAUUUCGGAUUUAUAUUUUGAGUAAUUCUAGCUCCUAAGUUCACCUAGACUCCGUCCUUAAUCCUAACAAGUGGUAUCAGAGCUGUAUUAAGGACGUUGAGAGGAGUCUACAGAAGUGUGAAGACCCUUCUAGACCCACCAUGGCCUGUGGGUGUGCCUAAGUGGUGUUCUAAAGAAGACAAGUGAGCCGCCGCCAUCAAAAGUUGAAGCUUUGGAUGGCUCCAACUAUGAGGAAUGGAGCGGACGGAUGAGGAGUGCCUUCAAACGCUACAAGCUACUGAAGAUUGCUGUUGGGGAAGAGAAGAUGCCGGAAGAAGGCGAAGCACGUGAACGGUGGAUUGAGAAAAGCGCGGUGCUUUUCGACCUCAUCCUUCAAUCGGUCAACAAGGAGAUGUUCGAGCACAUCAAGGAUCUUGUGGAAGCGGAUGAUUCGGGUCCAAGGGCGUGGAAACUACUACGCGAUGUGAUUCAGCCCAACACUCUCCGAUGGUGAUCGUGCUCGAGAAGGAACUUGCUGCCAUCUCCAUGCGACCAGGGGACGAUGUGAAGCCGGUCCUUGACAAGAUCAAGGACACCUAUGCAAGGAUGGCAGCAGCGGGCAGCAGUGUAUCUCAGCUGCAGCAGUGCACCAAGAUCAUCUCGGUGUUGGACAACUCGUGGGACAACCUCAUCCCCACCCUCAACUCUCAGCAAGAUCAAUGGACACCUGAAGGUAGAGGCCGAGGUGACUAUAAUGAGGGGCAUGGGAGCUCCAGUGGCAGGGGGAGUACCAGAAUGGAGGGCACCUGCUGGUACUGCAAGAAGGUCGGGCAUCCUUGGUUCAAGUGCUUCAGCAGGCCGGAGGGAUGGGCACCUCCAGGCAUGAAGCCGCCAGUGGUGAACGCGCACAAGGUGGCGCUGUGCAAGGCUCAGGUGCACAAGGUGAAGGUGCACAAGGUAAUGCCUAUCCUGGGAUGUUUCUCAUGGUUGAGGAUGUGCAUGGGCAUGAGGGUGAUGUGGGAUCUGUGGGAAAGGUUGUGAUGCACCCUCUCACGCACUGGGUGAUUGAUUCGGGUUGCACCAGUCACAUGACCCCACGGGCAGAUUUGCUUGAUGAGGUAAAACCCCCUGGGAAGAUCAACACUACAGGACCAGCCAAGACCCCACUUGCACUUGUGCACAUGGAUGUGGUGGGGCCCACAAGAGCCCCUUCCCUCUCAGGCAGCCGCUAUUUCUUGACAAUUGUGGAUGACCACACUCGGGCAGUGUGGGUUUACCCUUUGAAGAGCAAGGGGGAGGUGGCAGCGGCUGUCCUUA